UAUGAAUCUAAAGGAAGUAAAAAGCUAAUAAAGCCCAUAAUAUUAGAUAUAUUGGUGCUCAUAUAUUUCAAGGAUAGCAUAAAUGAGAUUUAAAGAUAGAUAAAAGUUUACAAUUAUUUUAUAAUUAACGGGAAUAAAUUUACAUGCACUUUGUUUAAUAAGCUUUUUGUAUUUUCUUUAUUUCUAUUUUAAAGUCAAGCCACAAUGGAGAUUUUAAGAAAUAUAAAAUAUAUAAAAAGACUCCUUAAAAACUCAUAGGAGUAUUAAAAUUAACCCUUAAAAGUUAUAAGAAUCAUACACAAUUUCAAUUUUUAAGAUUACCCAUAUAAAGGAGAAGAAAGUCUAGAAAUCAUAAAUAUUAACUACUUUACAAAUUAUAAAUUACAAGAAUAUUUGUAUUAAUAUAUAAACCCUAUAUAUAAAUUGAUUUUUUGUAAGAGUAAAUUAAGCAUAUUUGAACUUGUUCGGUUUAUAAAUGAUUUUGGAUAUGGAAAAUCAAAAUUUUAGGAGGAAUUAAUUUAGAGAAUAAGAUGGCAUAAACAGGAGGACUUGGAGAGGAUAUUAUUAUGGAUUUAGGUAGAAUAUAUAGUGUGUAAGAUAAAGUUCUUAUAAAUGUUUAUUUAUUGAUUCAAGAGAAACUUGAGAUUCUAGUAAAAAAAAUAAUCAUUAAAUUUAGA